CGGCGUGAACGUGAACGUGGCUGCAGAGCACCGGGGUUCCGCGAGAGUGCCGCGUCCGCCGCAGCCACCGGAACCGGUCGAAGACCGAGCCCGGCCGCCCGGAGCCGCCGGGGAGAGGCUCACAGCCCCGCGGGGCGUCCGCGAGGAAGGCCUUCGCCGAAAGCGCGACCGCCCCCCGGCCCGCCGCCUCCUCCCGCCCCGCCGCCUCCUCCCGCCCCCAGCGAAGAGAAACAAAACAAAACCCCAGCACCGCCACGCUCUACCCGCCUUCUGGGCGUUUGGUGGUGGUUUAUUGUUUUUUUCUGUGUUUUUUUUGUUGUUGUUGUUGUUGUUUAUUUGUGAUUUUUUUUUCCCCUUGGGGAUUCUCUUCUACCGGAGUGACUUGCAUUGUCUCGAUAAUUUCUCUUCCCCUCGUUUAUUUUAUACACUCCUUGCUUCUGAACCCUGUGUCUGUGUGUUUCAAUACUAUCACAGCCUCUUCUAAAAAUAGAUAUUUUUAUACACCCUUCCUUCUCUCUGACCCCAUCCAACACCCCUUGUUAAGCUCCGGAAGUGUUGUGUAAUGUCAAAGUGAAUAACAUGCGAAUUAUGAUGGUAUCAACACUACAAGUAAAGACACAAAGGUCAAGUUUUCUUCAAAUUGAGGAGGAAUUGUGGCUCAUGGACAUUUGAUGUGAUAGUGCAUACUCACCACCUUUAGAUAUCUUGAGACUGCACAGUGACUGCAAAAACUGAUCCACAAGGGCAGAUUUUUAAAUACCACUGGUCUUCUAGCAAGUUGAUUAAGUGAAUAAGGGGUCACAAAACCACCACCAAAACCAAAAACGAAGCUGCUUUCAAGUAUCGAAGAUACGAGGCCAGGAUGAACACAAGGGACAGCAGAGCGACUGACGGUCUCAAUGUCACACUUACCAUACGCCUUCUCAUGCACGGCAAGGAGGUUGGAAGCAUUAUCGGAAAGAAAGGUGAGACAGUUAAGAAGAUGAGAGAGGAGAGUGGUGCUCGAAUCAAUAUUUCAGAAGGCUCCUGUCCAGAGAGAAUUGUGACAAUAACAGGCCCAACAGAUGCAAUUUUUAAAGCUUUUUCUAUGAUUGCACUAAAAUUUGAAGAGGACAUAAAUGCGUCAAUGACAAACAGCACAGUGACAAGCAAACCACCUGUAACGCUGCGACUGGUUGUCCCAGCAAGUCAGUGUGGAUCCCUUAUAGGAAAAGGAGGUUCCAAAAUCAAAGAAAUCAGAGAGUCCACAGGAGCCCAGGUGCAGGUAGCAGGGGAUAUGUUGCCGAACUCAACGGAGCGUGCAGUGACUAUAUCGGGUACUCCUGAUGCCAUCAUCCAGUGCGUGAAACAAAUAUGUGUGAUUAUGCUGGAGUCCCCACCCAAAGGUGCCACCAUCCCCUACCGUCCCAAACCUGCCUCUGCACCUAUCAUUUUUGCAGGUGGCCAGGUAAGAGCAGACACCAUUUUGGCUCAAGCUGGAAACCACGCCGUCUUGGCCCAACCUCAGCCAGCGCCUGCAUUCACGAUUCAGGGGCAGUAUGCUAUUCCUCAUCCAGACGUGAGUCCAGCUCAUUUGACCAAGCUUCACCAGUUGGCUAUGCAGCAUCCCCCCUUUACUCCCCUUGGGCAGACCACCCCUGGUUUCCCUGGACUGGAUGCCACUUCUCCAACCAGUUCCCAUGAACUUACUAUUCCCAAUGAUUUAAUAGGCUGCAUUAUUGGCAGACAAGGCAGUAAGAUAAAUGAAAUCAGGCAAAUGUCAGGAGCGCAGAUCAAGAUUGCUAAUGCCACAGAAGGCUCUGCAGAACGACAAGUUACAAUCACAGGAUCCCCUGCAAACAUCAGCUUAGCACAGUACCUCAUUAAUGCAAGGGAUUCCCCACACAUCGAGACGAGAAUAGACCCCUUCAUUUUUAGUUGCACAAACACCACAUGGCAUGCAUCUGGAUCUCAGAAGAUAACAAUUUAAGAUCUUCAGGACAGCUAAAGCAUGCAAAUAAAAUAAUGCACUUAUUAAUGGAGCUGCAGUGAGCUGCUCACCAGAGACAGAAAUAUUAGUGAACAAACCUUUGUUUGCCUCACUUUAGCAAAGCCUGUGAACUCUCACACCUCUGUUUAAUGAUUCUGCUUAAUGAUUCUUUUGAUGGAGUGGGAUAUAUAUGAGGUCUUUUAAUAUACUUUUGCAAAGAAGAAAACUUCUCAGCAGUCGUAACCAUGGAUAUUCUGUGAAGUCUAUACUCUGAAACCAGAAACAAAAUACUUUCUUCCUGUUGAAUUGCUAGACAGAAGUAAUUUGUUACCAUCAUCUACAAUAAACCAUCAUCUAUUAUUAUGUACCAUGUAUUGAAACUGUACUUAGCUGAAGUGACUUCAUUUGUAAAUGAAGAUCUUAAUGUAUAAUAAAUAAGCUCUAAGAUAAUAUAGGACAUUAAGGUGACUUUUUCAUUUUAAAAAGUGACACUAUUCCAGAUUUCUCCUUUCACCUGUUCAAUUAGAUGCUACUACUGCAGCAGUGCCAGUUUGCAAUUGCACUGGAGGAAGAAUCAAGAAAUAGUCAGGCAAGAGGGAGGUCUGCUUUAGCUGAGGUUUAGGUGCUUAGGCAGGUUUCUGAGAGGCAGAUCGUGGCUGCUGCUGCCAUGCUGGGAGCAAAUUUCAGUCCUAACCCUGUUUCUUUUAAAGAUGUUGGCAUGAAAUAAACAGUGUUGGGGAAGCACUGCGUACAGUACCUGGAGAGCCUCAGGUUUAGUCUGAUAUGUCAAAAUAGCAAUUACAGUAAAGAAAACCAUAUAAGCAUUCAGGGUAAGGUGGACUUUUUUCUUUUCCCUCCCUCACAAGAUCUGUUGUCUUGGAUUUGGUUUCCAGAGCUAGUGCUUCUGCAUAAAUAAAUGUCUUGCAGAAGCACAGGAUGUAAAAAAAAAUCCACAGUAUUUCUGAAACCUUCUGUGUGUGUCUUUAAAUUAUCCUCCAGGCAAAGUUGCCGUCUGUAGAAUAAUUUUAUCUGAUUAAGACUUUUACUGAAAUCUGGUGUCAA